AUGGCUGAGAAGUGUGAAUCAGACAAAGUUUCAAGCUCUUCAUCGAAUCUGAUAUGUCCAUUAUGCCUUGAUAUAUUUGUCGAAGCGACAAUCUUAACUUCAUGUGGACACACAUUUUGUAGGAGAUGCCUCAAGAAAUACGAUCUAACCCACCAGGACCUUGAUCACAUGGUCUGUCCUCUCUGCAGGGAGAUCACCAAGUUGUCCGUCAACCGUGUCGAUGAUCUCCGCCUCAAUGUCUCCAUAAACGGAUGCGUAGACGAUUACCACGCCAAGUGUGGAGGGAUGAAUGCUGUCCUUGAGAAUUGCCAGAAAUGCACCGCUUGCAAGUCUCUGAAAGACGCUGUAUCAUUCUGCAAAACAUGUAAUUAUUACAUGUGUAGUGAGUGCUUACAUUGUCAUCAACAUCUUACAGUCGUCUUCGAAGGUCAUGAGAUUGUAUCCAUGGAUGAUGUCAUCGAAGGGAAGGUCAGCAUUGGUCAUUUAUUCGAAAAGUGUUCCAUCCACAAACAAGAGAACAAAGAUAUGUUUUGUGAGGAUUGUAAGGUCCACGUCUGUCACAAGUGCGUACUCGUUGAUCAUCAAAAUCACAAAAUCAAGAACCAGGUUAACUUUGAGCAGGAGUUGCGACGGAAGGUGACAGGCCUUGCCCAACGCUGUGCCGACAAGAAAGCAGAGCUGGAGAAGAACAUUCAGAACAUAGAAAUACAACGUCAUGAGGUACACACUGCAGUGCAGACACUACUAGAUGAUGUCAGGCAAGCCUACAGCAUCAAGGCCAAGGAGCUGGAAGAAAAUCUUCGAAAUCUCACCGACCAAAUACAUGCCUUACAUAAUAGUUUUGAUGACGACCUCGACGUCUUGAAGUUAAAAGAUCGACAGAGGAUCAAGAGUAUUUGUAGUUCAAUUACUUUGGUAGAUAAUGACAGACUAGGUCAUCUUGAGACAGACACUCUAUCUGCUCAUACCUUGCUCUGUGAGGAGCUGGAUACCAUGCUGAAGGAGGUUACUGAUCACACUUCUGCGGAAGCUAUUAAGAAGAAAGCACAGGAGAAGAGGUUCAAACCAGCAGAUGAUACUCGUCUUGACCUCGGGAGCAUUUCAGAAUAUACUGAUCACACUUCUGCGGAAGCUAUUAAGAAGAAAGCACAGGAGAAGAGGUUCAAACCUGCAGACGACACUCGUCUUGACCUCGGGAGUAUUUCAGGACCAGAUCCCAAGAUGGAAGUCAUUCAGCGUGUUGCUCUACGGGGAGAGAUGUCCGGUAUGGCAAGGCACUCCCAUAGCACUGUCGCUAUCGUGUAUGGGGAUUAUGCACAAGGUAUUGAUAUCAUUGAUUCAAAUGGUGGUAAGCAGCGAUAUAGUAACAUAUCAGCCUUAAGUGACAUGAAAUGUUAUGAUCUGAUGUUGCAACGGGACGGGGCGUUAUGCGUGUCCACUGAUACUACAGAAGCCCACAUCUACUCUCGCCUUGGCUCUAGGAAAGCAACAAUCCACGUGAGAAACAAUGGAAUUUAUGUCAGAGUUAACAGAAGUCCAUCAGAUGAAAUCAUCAUUACUAACUAUAGAAAACAAGUCUAUAUCUAUGACCCGACAGGAUCCACUCUUAAACACACUGUUCAAACAAAGCACUAUACGAGGCAGGCAUCUACCACCAGGACGGGUUUGAUCGUCACGAGUUCAUGUUGGGACGAUCCAAGGGUGGUGACGGUCUAUGACAGGGAUGGGAAUGCUGGUGAGUCUCUACAAGCUCCAUGGAGUGUCUACCUGUUUGCUGCAGUGGAUGAGCAGGACAGGGUGUAUGUAGCGAGUGUUGAUAGGAAGAAUAGUAGCGUCGUGAUCAGGCUCUAUGAUCUUGAUGGUCUGAACCUGAAGGAAAGAGUUGAAUUCAAAGCACUUGAUAUGACAUUGAAAGAUUAUUGGUCUUUCUUAGUUUCCCUCUCCCCAGACAUGCUCGCCUGUGCUUGUGGUAAAAAUUUAUAUUUCAUCAAGGUAUCACUGUAAUCCACGUUAUAUCGCACCAUGUAGUAUGGGGACUGACGUGCUUUCAUCCUGCUACAAUACAAAUUUACUUUAACACGUGUCGAUAUUCAGUAUUACAUGUAUAUUACUUACCAUGUGAUAUCUUCAUCCAAUGAUAGAAUCACUUAAUGUGAUAUACUACUGAUAAUAAUAAUAAUAAUAAUUAAAGAUUUGUAUAGCGCACAUAAUUGUCCAUGACACUCAAGGCGCACAAUUAACUUAUAUAAAACAGAAAUGAAAUAAAUAAAUACAAAAAAAUUGAACAAACUGACAAGAAAUUACAAUGGUUUAGUAUAAAUUAGUGAACAGGUGGAGAUGUGAAUAUAUAAUUUAUAUUCAUUUUCUAAUAUAUGCGUAUUUAAAUACAAACUUUAUCUCAAUUAUUAUAUACAUAAUAUUGCAUAUAGGAAUGUAUUGUAUACGGUGUAAAGUAUAAUUACAAAUCGUCCAUUAUCGUUAUAUUAAUGUGUAAAGUCUUUAUAAGAAUUAUUUAGAGAAAAUUCAUAAAGAUAGAUUCCACUAUCUUUAAUUCUAGAUUAACUUAAACGUUCAAUUGCUAUUCGACUCAUAUACUCAAGUGUUCAGUGCCAGAUUUUCUCUGUUUACAUUCAAGUAUAUAUGUAACCACGAUCGCUUUAGAUCCCCCAAAUUGACACCAUUUAUUUGCUUUUUCAAGAACAUUCCAGCAAUCUCUAUCCCCAAAAGUUCGGUUUCUUUUUCAUUGCAAGUUUAAGAUCAUGAAAG